AUGCUAGAACUAAUCCACGCCUUCCUCAACCUAACCCUCCCCCCAAUAACCUACUUCUCCCUCAUGCUUUUCCUCCCACCUUUCCAAAUCUUCAAGUUCUUCCUCUCCAUCUUGGGCGCCCUCUUCGCCGAAGACAUCUCCGGCAAGGUCGUCGUCAUCACCGGCGCCUCCUCCGGCAUAGGCGAAAGCCUUGCAUAUGAGUAUGCUAAGAAGGGGACGUGUUUGGUUCUGGCGGCGAGGAGAGAGAAGAGCCUCCAGGAGGUGGCUGACACGGCGCGGUAUCUCGGAUCGCCGGAGGUCUUGGUUGUUCGCGCAGAUGUGUCCAAGGUCGACGAUUGCAGGAGGGUGGUUGAUCAAACUAUGAAUCAUUUCGGAAGGCUGGAUCAUCUGGUUAAUAACGCUGGAGUGACAUCAGUUGCGCUGCUGGAAGAAGUCGACGAUGUUACUGAUUUCAGAGCAAUUAUGGAUGUAAACUUCUGGGGGUCUGUAUACAUGACUCGAUUUGCUGCGCCAUACCUCCGGCACAGCAGAGGCCGAGUCGUGGUUCUUUCGUCGUCCGCAUCAUGGCUGCCUGCCCCAAGGAUGAGUUUUUACAACGCAAGCAAAGCGGCAAUGGCACAAUUCUUCGAGACACUACGCGUGGAGUUUGGGCCGGAGAUAGGCAUAACCCUAGUUACGCCCGGAUUCAUAGAAUCCGAACUCACUCAGGGCAAAUUAUUGACAAAGGGUGGUCGGCUCGAAGUUGAUCAGGACAUAAGAGAUGUGCAAGUGAGUGUGAUUCCGAUUGAGAGGGCGGAUAGCUGUGCGAAGGCGAUAGUGAGGAGCGCGGUGAGGGGGGAGAGGUACCUGACCGAGCCGAGGUGGUUCAGGAUGACUUAUCUGUGGAAGAUAUUUUGCCCGGAGGUGUUGGAGUGGGUGUAUAGACUGUUUUACAUCGGGAAUCCGGGGUCCGCGGAUGCUGAGCCACUUAGUAAGAAGCUUGUGGACUACAGCGGAGCUAAGAGUCUGCUCUAUCCGGAGUCGGUUUAUGUGGCACAGCCUAAGAGAGAUUAGGUAGCUAGAUAAUCCAUUUACAUGUCAUGUUUCAAUAAUAUUUAGAUCAUGGGUAUUUUCAAUAAUGUAGUCUUGUUCAGAUCAUGGAUUUUUAA